AUGUCGCAAAAGCUGGAACAACCGCCUGCAUACACACAGGGCGGUCUGCAGUCACCUCAACCCACGUACCAGGGUGGCUCGCCCUCACACUCGCCCGCCCCAGGAGGAUAUUUCUCGCCGGGAGGCCAGCCCAACAACAGCAGCUACGGCGGCUCCCCACAGCCGCCGGCGGGCUACGGCGGCUCCCCACAGCCACCAGCGGGAUAUGGCGGCUCGCCACAUCCGCCCAUGGGGUACGGCGGCUCGCCCGCGCCGCAGGGCUACUACCCGCAGCAGGGCCCUCCGCAGCAGGGCUUCUACCCUCCUCAACAGGGGCCGCCGGGAGCCUACUAUGCACCCCAGCAGGGCGGCUACUAUCCUCCGCAACAGCAAGACAAGGGAGCGUCAUCUGGCUUGAUGGGAGCGUGUCUCGGUGCUCUGGCAUGCUGCUGCUGUCUCGAACUGUUGUUCUAA